GCGGCACAAGCAAAGACAAACAAACGAAGGAAUUAAUUUAGCUUAAAUUAUUAUUAAUAUGGAGCCUCCGUAUGCGCCUUUAAGUGAGUCUUGUGCCAAGGCGCUAGGCGACAAAAUGUACGAUAAGCGGAAAGUCGCCUCCCAGGAGAUAGAGAAAAUGGUCAUUGAGUUCAACAAUAAGAACAACUCAGUACAAAUUCGAAAACUUAUAGAAGUUUUAUCAAAUGAUUAUGCCACAUCAAGAGAUGCGAAUCGUCGUAAGGGAGCUCUCAUAGGUCUAGCUGCAACGGGCUUAGGGCUGGGAAAAGACUCGGAUAAGUAUGUUAAUGAGCUAGUGACACCCAUUAUGAACUGUCUCUCUGAUCAGGAUACUCGUGUUCGUUAUUUUGCCUGUGAAUCGCUUUAUAAUGUGGUCAAGGUAGCGCGCUCCGCUAUUAUACCAUUCUUUCCAGAGCUAUUUGCAGCGCUGUCGCGUUUGGUUACAGACUCUGAUCAAAUGGUAAAGGAUGGCAGCGAGUUGCUAGAUCGUCUCUUAAAAGACAUUGUCACAGAAUCUUAUGAAACGUUUAAUUUAGAGACAUUUAUACCUUUAAUACGAGAGCGCAUGUAUGUAAAGAAUGCCUUUGUGCGUCAGUAUGUCAUUUCCUGGAUCUCAAUUCUAAAUGCUGUGCCGGAUAUAAAUAUGGUAUCGUAUUUAACGGAAAUUCUUGACGGUCUCUUUGUCAUGCUAGAGGACAAUACGCCAGAAAUACAACGCAUGUGCGAGACCACAAUCAGUCAGUUUUUGCGCUCCAUACGUAAUGAUUCGUCCUCGGUGCGUAUGGAGGAUACCAUUAAUACGCUUAUUACACACGCCCAAUCGCUGAAUGAAUUAAUCAAGUCCAUUGCCAUUAGCUGGAUAAGAGAGUUUGUGCAAAUCUUUGGUCCAAAUGUGCUGCCCUAUGCCAGUGGCAUUUUCACAGCUAUAUUGCCCUGCCUGGAGAAUAAUGUGGAGUCCAAACGCAGCAUUAAGGAUUGCGCUGUGUCCGUUAAUAAUUCCAUGAUGCAGCUUGUCUCUUCACAAGAGCACAAAACACAAAACUUGGAAAAAAUAGAUUUGCGUUCGAUUAUGGAUGUACUCUCGCAAUAUCUUACACAUAAUUCGAUGCAUACAAAGAUAGCAGUUCUUAAAUGGAUUCAUCAUUUGUUCAUCCAUUUCCCCAACGAAAUGGCCACGCAUGCUACCAAUCUCAACACCAACUUGUUGUCCACACUAAGUGAUUCAUCAGAUGAGGUGGUGCUGCAAAGCUUGUGCGUCCUAGCGCAGAUUAUUAAUGCGCAGGAUGCCAACAACUUGGAUUUCAACAAGACGCACUAUCGCAAGUUUUUGCUAAGCCUACUAAACCUAUUUAGCGAAGAGAAAUUAAUGUUGGACAAUAGAGCUAGCCUUAUUAUCAGACAGCUUUGUGUGCUGCUAAAUGCAGAGUACAUCUAUCGCACAUUUGCCGAAAUCAUAGCCGAGGAGGUGUCCAAGCUAAAGCUAGCAUCGACCAUUGUACGUCUGCUCAACAUGAUUUUACUGACCUCCACAGAACUGUUUGAGCUGCGUACCAGUCUACGCGAUAUUUCCAAUGAAAAGUCCGCAGAUCUAUUUCAAUGCCUUUACAAGAGUUGGGUGCACUGCCCAGUGUCUACCUUAUCACUUUGCUUACUAGCGCAAUCCUAUCAGCAUGUUUCUGAAUUGGUUGUACUAUUCGCUGAUGUUGAAAUAACUCUAGAACUGCUUGCAGAGCUGGACAAGUUGGUGCAGCUAAUAGAAUCACCAGUGUUUGCUGCAUUGCGUCUUACUUUAGUAUCGAAAUCAAAUAAUUGCGCUGAUGCCCAGUACCUAGCACAUGCUCUGUUUGGGAUUUUAAUGCUGCUACCGCAAACUGAAGCCUUUGAUACUCUACGCAAUCGUCUACAAUGUGUACCGAACUAUUGGGGACAGCCAGACAUUGAUGAGCGCGAAUCCUUGGAGUACAAAAGUGGCAUUGAUUUUGUAGCACUGCGUACGCAUUUUAUUGAGCGACAAAAGGCACUGCGGGAGCAGCGUUUGUUACAACGCAAGCGUAGUGUUAUAAUGCCAGAUAGUAAUCAAACUUUAUGAGUAAUUAAAUAUUAAUAUUAUUUCUGAAGCUAAUUAUAAUUAUCAGCUUCAGGUUUAUG